AUCUUGGUGUACGAUUUAAUAUAGCUCUUGACAUUACUUACAAAGUAUUAUCAUUUGCUGUACGUACUGAGGUACCAGAAAAACCCGAUAUCACUUACACGCUCAAAUGUAAAAACACUGAUGAAUUUGAUGUUAAAAGAAAAUGGAAUGCUUUUAGUAUUAGUACUCUUUUAAAUAAGUUUAAUGAUUCAAAAACUUAUUUUGAUAAUAUUUGCAGUCCUCCAAGUAUAAAUAAUCAACCUAUAUCUUCUAAUCUCAAAGUUCAAGAAAUUACAAAAACUUUUAAUGGUGCUAAUAGAAUGCUCAAAAUUCAAGAAAUUACAAAAACAUUUAUUUGUGCUAAUAGAAUAUUAGAUAAACAAGACCAAAGUGAAGCUGUAAUAAGAAUUGUUGAUAAAUUUAUUGGCUUUUUUAAACAACAAGAUCUUGGUAUAGUCAAAAUAAUUACUGAAAAACCUACCGAACUAAGCGAUGCCUUGUUUGUGAGUGUAAUUCAAGGUUUUACUGAGCUAGCAAAUACUGGCGUUAAAAAG